UCUUCUUCUUCUCAUCCUCUUCUUCUUCAUCCUCUUCUUCUUCUUCAUCCUCUUCUUCUUCUUCUUCAUCCUAUUCUUCUUCUUCGUCAUCCUCUUCUUCAUCUUCUUCUUCAUCCUCUUCUUCCUCUUCUCCUUCAUCCUCUUCUUCAUCCUCUUCUUCCUCUUCUUCUUCAUCUUCUUCUUCUUCUUCCUCUUCUUCAUCCUCUUCUUCUUCUUCCUCUUCUUCUUCAUCCUCUUCUUCAUCCUCUUCCUUUUCUUCUUCUUCUUCAUUAUCUUCUUCUUCUUUUUGUCUUCCUCUUGCAGGUCACUGCUCAUGCGCAGAUUUUUUUAUCGGUAAAAGAUCGGCCAAUUUGCCCAUCAUUGCCGCGAAAAUCAUCUGAUCGGCAAAAUCGGACGAUUUUUUUUCCAACUUUACCGAUAAAAAAAAUCUGCCAAAAUACCGAAAAACGGCCGAACAUUUAGCCCACUAACGAUCUGAAAAUCAGCCGAUUGUAUUUUCAGCCAAAAAAAUCGGCCGAUUUUCGACCCAUCUAUGGCCUGCAUAA